AUGUCCACACUGAUCACUAAAAUCCGGCCCAGUUUAGCACGUGGCACCGUGCCGUCGUAUCGCACCACGCUCGCGCGCCGACUGCCAGCAUCAAGGCACGCCUAUUCGACCGCUCCCAACCCCGACGCCGAGGCAAUCCUAAACAAGAAGGACGACGGCAUCACACUUCUGACACUGAAUCGACCCAAGGCCAAGAAUGCGUUGUCGAUGCAGUUACUUGCGGAUAUGCGCUCGGCAAUUGACGAGAUUCGCUUCGACGGGUUCGUUGUUCCCCACAUCUCGCAUCUCACACGCGUCGACUAGCGGCUCAUCCACCCCAUAAUCUGGAUACUGAUCUAUCCACUUGCGUGGCACACAGUAAAACGCGCACAUUGAUCCUCAACUCAUCCUCAAGCGGCAUCUUCUGUGCCGGUGCCGAUCUCAAACAACGCAAAUCCAUGACCCAAACCCAAAUCGCUCGCUUCCUGCACGACUUGCGCAGCAUGCUCAGCGAGUUGUCGUCCUUGCCCUGUCCUGUGAUUGCGGCUUUGGAUGGAGCUGCUUUGGGUGGAGGUUUGGAGUUGGCGUUGGCGGCGGAUUUGAGGGUCGCUAGUCAGUCCUUUCCGAGGCGGUACAGCUAGCCCCCCACAUAACCGCCGUCGGGAAUUGAUGUGUUCUUCGAUCCUGCACCCACAGGUCAUCAAGCAACCAAGAUCGGCCUACCUGAAACACGUUUGGCUAUUAUUCCUGGGUACGUACCUCUUGCUGGACGAACGAACCUCCCGAGCAGAGAGAGCUAAUUAAUCUCUUCGAUUCAAACUUCUCUGCCUGCUCGCGCCGCCUACAGCGCCGGUGGAACCCAACGACUUUCGAGAUUGAUCGGUGUAUCCAACGCCAAGAAGUUGAUUUUCACCGCUCGAGCCCUGAACGCACAACAAGCUCUAGAUAUUGGUAAGAUCGUGCCCCUCUCUCGUUCUUUCUCCCCGAGGUUCGAGCUGAAUUUUCCCGCGGGUGACAAAUUUAGGCAUCGUCAACUAUCUCGCGAACGAGGGGCAAACAGCGACUGAGAAAGCUGAAGAAGUUGCCAACGAGAUCUUGAAAGCUGGUCAGUUGAGACCGGGAUGCUGACAGCCACUCGAGCUUGCGAUUUUUUGGGAUCUAGAUUCUGAUUCGCCAAUUUCUCAUCCGCUUUCACUUCGUAGGACCUCUUGCCAUCCGCGCAGCAAAGUUGGCCAUCGAUGUGGGGUCGGGCUUGGAUCUGUGAGUGGUCUCAAUGAUACGAUUCUUCCAUCCUUCACGAACCACUGUCACUGACGACCCCACCGCUACCCAAACACGCAGCGAGGCCGGCCUCGAUUUCGAAGCGACGGCCUACAAAACCAUCUUGACCAGUACGGACCGAGUCGAGGGCCUCAAGGCGUGAGUUGUACAACCUUAUCGCGCUUGACUUUUCGAAGAACUGAUUAGAGCUCGCUGUGGUUCACGAUCCCGCAGAUUUGCGGAGAAGAGAGCACCGGUGUACCAGGGCGAAUAG